AUGGCUUUUAAGUUUGUUGCUGUUCUUGCUUUUGUUACUGUUGCUAGUGCAGGAUACAUCCAACCUCAACUACAACAACAACAACACGAUAUUUAUCAAUCUGGACCUGCAGAGCAUCAAGUAGUUUUAGCACCACCACACCAACACCACCAAAUAUUGGAAAAGACAAAAAUCGAGGAAUAUGAUUCACAUCCACAAUACAAAUUUGCUUAUAACGUUGACGAUUCGGUUACUGGUGAUUCCAAGAGUCAUUCUGAGACAAGAAAUGGCGAUGCAGUUGAAGGAGAAUACUCUUUAAAUGAUGCUGAUGGCUACAGGAGAAUUGUACAUUAUACAGCUGAUCAUGAACAUGGAUUUAAUGCUGUUGUAACAAGAGUUCCACUUCAUGGAGCUCAUGAAGCUGAUCAUCAUGCACCAGCUGUUGUUAAGACCGUUCAGCCAGUGGCUUAUGCUUCUUCUCCAUCAAAUUACUAUAAGUCAGAACCAACUCAUUAUGAGACUCAAGCUCCAGCAGCAGCUCAUGGUUUGUACAGUGCUCCAGCUCAAAAUCAUCAAGCUCCAUACAUUCAAGCUCAUGAAUCUAACUCAGGCCCAUCAGCAUACGUUGUGAAGUCAUCUCCACACGGUUCAGAAUAUCAUAAUUAAUUUUACCAAGACUUGUUGUUCCUUGUUAAGUUUAAAUUAAUUGUUGCAUAAUAAAUAAGUAAAUUGUUACGUUAAAUAUUUUAAAAGUCUAUUUUGGUUAAUGUUGUGACCAAAGUCAAAAAUCGGAACAAACAAAUCUAAUUUGAAUCUAAGAUCUUCCACAGGGUUUUUGGAGUUACAUAUAUUCUUAGGACCAAAUCCAAAUAACGUCUAUGUAGGUAUUGUUAAAUACCAAUUUAAGAGGUUUUUUUUAGGACCGGUUUGACUAA